CAGAAACAAAAGUGAAACUGAUCUAAUUUGUAAACAGCUCUGUUUGGUUUCUUUGCCUAAACGUUUAUUUCAGUGCAGAAAUGAAUGCUGCAUUUUAGGACCGCAAGCAAACAAAUACACUGAGUCAUGGCUUCCUACAGCAGUCUCCUGUCUGAAGAUCAGUUGCUGUGUUCGAUCUGUCUGGAUGUGUUCACUGAUCCAGUCACCACUCCAUGUGGACACAACUUCUGCAAAAAUUGUCUUGCAGGAUAUUGGGAUAGCAGUGACCACUAUCAGUGUCCACUGUGUAACAAGGCUUUUAAGAUGAGACCAGAUAUGUCCAUUAACACUUUGAUAUCAGUAACAGCUGCUCAGUUUAAACAAUCAGUUAAAAUAAAUACUGCAGAUAAAAAUGCCUGUACAUCAAGUAAGAUGUUAUGUGAUGCCUGCACUGGUGUCAAACUGAGUUCUGUGAAGUCAUGCCUUAAUUGUGGGGCAUCCUACUGUAAGGCUCACCUACAGCCUCAUAGGACUAUACAAAAUCUGAAGAAACACAAACUAAUAAACCCUGUGGAGAACCUGGAGGACUACAUAUGCCAGAAACAUGAGAGAGCUCUGGAGCUGUUCUGUAGAGAUGAUCAGACGUGUGUGUGUCAGUUCUGUACUGAGACAGACCACAAGAAUCACAACACUGUUCCUAUAGAGGAGGCAAAUGAUGAAUUGAAGGCUUGCUUGAUGAAAACACAAACGGAAGUACAACAAAUGAUCCAGAAUAGGUUAGAGAAGACUGAAGAGAUUGAGCGUUCGCUGCUGCUCAGCAAAAAAAGCACAGAGGAAGAGAUUUCACAAGGUACUGAAGUCUUCACUGCUCUGAUUCGCUCCAUUGAGAGAAGUCAGGCUGAGCUGCUGGAGGUGAUGGAGGAGAAGCAGAAAGCAGCAGAGAGGCAGGCUGAAGGACUCAUUAAAGAGCUGAAGCAGGAAAUCAGUGUGCUAAAGAGGAGAGACACUGAGCUGGAGCAGCUCUCACACACUGAGGAGCAUCUCCACCUCCUACAGAUUUACUCCUCCAUGUGCAGCCCUCCACACACCAAGAACUGGACUGGGAUCAGUAUUAACACUGAUCUGAGUAGGAAGACCCUGAGAAAAUCUCUGUCCGAUCUUCGCAAAGAGCUCAACAAUGAAAUGGAUAAAAAAAAGGAAAAAUUAGACCGGGAAAAAAAAGACUGUGAUUUACACAGGAUAUGGCUGUUUCUUUACGUACUGCUACUGCUAGUGCCUUUCCUCAUACCAGCGACUAAAGCAUUCUGGAUUCGGGUUUAUGCAGUGGAUGUAACACUGGAUCCUGAUACAGCAUAUCCGUAUCUCAUCUUGUCUGAAGACGGAAAACAAGUGAGGAUCGGACAACGCUCGUGGAAAUUUGUCCCAUACAGCCAAAAAAGAUUUAUGUACGAUCCACAUGUUUUAGCAAAACAGGGUUUUAACUCUGGGAGAUUUUAUUAUGAGGUGCAGGUCAGGGGGAAAACUGAGUGGGAUUUAGGAGUAGCCAGAAUGUCUAUUAGCAGGCAAUGGAAGUUUUUUCCGAAGCACAAUGAUAGGACCUGGGCUAUGAUUAAAAGGAAUGGCAAGGAUUACCAGGCUUGUGCUGGCUCAUGUGUCGGCCUGCCUCGGGGAGAGGAAAUGGAGGUGGUGGGUGUGUUUGUGGAUUAUGAGGAGGGUUUGGUCUCCUUUUAUGAUGCUAAGGCCAGGUCUCUUAUCUACUCUAUAACUGGUCAGUCUUUCACUGAGAAACUUUAUCCAUUCUUCAGUCCAGGUUUAAAUUUCAACUAUGAAAACUCAGCACCAAUGAUCAUCUCUGAAGUAAAUGAGUACUUGAUUUUACUGAGAAAAUGUUUCUCCAUGGGGGACACAGUGGCUUAGUGGUUAGCACGUUUGCCUCACACCUCCAGCGUUGGUGGUUUGAUUCCCACCUCCGCCUUGUGUGUGUGGAGUUUGCAUGUUCUCCCCGUGGCUCGGGGGUUUCCUCCGGGUACUCCAGUUUCCUCCCCCCGGUCCAAAGACAUGCAUGGUAGGUUGAUUGGCAUCUCUGGAAAAUUGUCCAUAGUGUGUGAGUGAAUGAGAGUGUGUGUGUGUGUGUGUCCUGUGAUGGGUUGGCACUCCGUCCAGGGUGUAUCCUGCCUUGAUGCCCGAAGACGCCUGAGAUAGGCACAGGCUCCCCGUGACCCGAGAAGUUCGGAUAAGAUGAAUGAAUGAUUUUUUCUCCAAUGCAACAAAAUGGCAAUGGCUUCAAAGCCCAUGUUUGUUCGGAUUUUUGUUGUUAAUUUUUUUUCUGCCUGUUCAGAAGCAUGUGGAAGCUUUAGAUAACAAAGGUUAACAGUUUCUCUCUCUCGCUGCAUUGAAAAAUUGAUUGCAGUGCCUGUGCUGGAAUCUGCUAGUACCAGAGAAGUGUAUUUGGGGGAAAAACUCAUUUUUACAAAUAGUGUGUUAAAGGAUUUUCUACAGAUAACUAGCAGUAUAGUGCUUUUGGAAAGAAUUUACUUAUUAUUUGGGCCUUUUAUUUUUACAGAAAGCAGCCAAUUAGUUUUGUACCAGUUAGUAAACAGAUAUAUGUGUCUUUGAUAUGCAGCAGGAUCACAAUAAUGUUAGUCCAUUUAUGAAUUCAUAACCAUGAGAGAGAGAGUUUAUUAUACAUAUGUGAAAAAGAACAGUUUCUAUCAGUCCUUCAUGUCAAUAGCCAGAUAUUUUCAAAACUAAUGUUUUUGAAAGAAACAAGAGCUCAGAGCAGGAUAAUCAAACACAGAAUGUUGCAGUUACUUUAUACCAUCAACUCAUGUUUCAGGCCCAAUUAUCCCAAUUAUAAAAUACAUCACAAUCCUCUGUAACUGAUAAUAUAUUCUACCUGCUUAUUCCAUUUACCUGCCAACUACACAAACUUUAAACUGGACUGACUUGCUGCAUUUUGUGUAUUCAGGCCCAACCCUUGAUAAGAUGUUUUCAUACCUGUAGUGAUGGAUCUCAGGGGCGCCCCCAAGGGGCCACCCCAAGUAUGAAUUUGAAUUUGAAUGCAUAAUGAAUGCAUUUUUUUUUUUUUUUUUUUUUUUUUUUUUGGUGCCAACUGAAUAUUUGCUGUGGCCUCCUCUGGCCUCCCCUAUUAAAGGUUUCUGGGGGUACCACUGAUGUAUAUGUGUGUGUAUAUAUAUAUAUUACUACUAAAAGCUAAAACUCCUUUACUCCAAAGGUCUGUUUCACACCUCGAACUCUGAUGGUGUCCUGUAAGUCUGACUAGUAGCAAAAAAAAAGAGGACACGAGCGUUUUCCUCUCUAAUUCCACAAUUGCAGAAGUAUAUAGGAGACUACUGAUAUAAACUGUUAAUGCUUUAAAGGUGUCCUGGUUACAUAAAUUACAUGUUUAAGGUCAUAGAGUAGUCAGCAUUCCUGUAAGACAGUAACAAAUAUGUGAAAAGCUUUAUCUAGUUAGUGACAGUAAGUAAUAUUACAUCUACAUUUACAGUCAGUAAUUAUAGCACAGUGCAGGUGAAUACUCAACACUGAUUGGUCAGAAGGUGUGUGUUAUUCUCAUAUAACAGCACCGGUUGUUCCCAGUGUAACCAGAAUGAUAAGUUACUAUUAAUAUGUUGUUGUUGUUGUUGUUGUUGUUGUUUUCUUCAUAUAACAGCACAAUCUGUCGUGUUAUACUUUACAUAUUACAAAAGUGAAUGUUACUUGGAAAUGCUUUACUGUAAAAACUGCAAAGAUCCACAGUUCUAAAUUGUUCUGUUUCUGUGUUUAUUACUAGUUCUACUGUGUAUAUUGUAGAAAUAUCACAUUAUAAUAUAUGAUUAUGAUUAAGAUAUGAUAAGAUUUAAAAGAAACACUAAACCAUAGGUUAUGUUGUGAGAAAAAUUGUUGAUUUACUUCUUUUCAUCCUUUUACUUACUUCUUUUCUUUAUUUCCAUUCUUUAUUAAAUUACUAUUUUUGUGAUUUCUAUUUAUUUACUUUUUCGGUAGUUGUAGUUGUAGUUAGUUCUAUUAAUUUGCGGGAAGAAAUCAUUUACUCAAUUUUUAAAUCACAUUUUAAUAUACAUUUGCAGUCAGUAAACAGAUCUUUUGCAUCUGUGCAAAGUUUGGAAAUGAUGUGUACUGUCCUGCUCAUGUCAACUUUAUUUUUUCUGUAAAUUAGUUUGAGUUAUUAGCUUGAAUGUAUUUAAAUCAUAUCAAUAAAAGGCAAUGCAUAAAGAGAUUGUCCAAAAA